GAUCUAAAGGUAGACUGAAAUGUAAAGAGAUAAGAAGGAACAAAGGUUGACUUGAAUGCUUUCGACAUUGUUAAUUUCCCACCCAUUUUACUAACGGUUCCUUAGUAAAAAGAUUGAUAUUUUGGAGCCAUUUUGCUAUAAAAAUGAAGAUUUGGUUUAUUCAACUGUUUCUGUUACUUGUAGCAGUCAUUGGCAUAGGUAAAGGAUUUUUAAAUGAUGUAGAAUUCCAGACAAUCAUUAAGGAAAGGUGCUAUAAUCGAACCCUCGAUCAUAAGAGGUUGGUCAAUGGCCAACAUGUUCCAUUAGGAAAUACCAUGGAGACAUUUAUAGAUAUUUUGGAGGAUUUCGAAAGAAAUUUCACUCAUCCUCCUGAAAAAAUUAUUGAAUUAUUCUUAACUAGAUUUCGAAUUGAUGGCGUUAUUGAAGAACAAGAGAAUGUUUUUAGACAAAAUUUAAACGAUAAAGGUCGCCUGGAAUUAAUUAAAGCAAUACUUAAACCGACUACAAAAUUAACUGAAUUUCGUGAAGAAAUAUUUUCAGAAGAGAAAAAAUGUGCCCUUUAUUACAUGAUGUCUCACGCUAUUGUUAUUGAUAAAGAAAGCCAUUUUAAUCCAACUGUACCGCCAGAUGGAACGAGUCCAGAAGCUACAGAACAAGGUGUGGUAACUUUAAACAAUAACCCUAUACACUCCAUAGCUCUUGGGAGAGUAUUGUUAGGUAUUCUCGCCGGUUUAAAGAGUGAACAAGAACAAUCCACAGCAAGUAUAUUGAAAUUUAUAAAUAAAUUACCAAGUAUGCCUCCAGAACCUCACCAGUUAGAAGGAAAAAUAGAUCCUCUUUAUGGUGUCACCGUUGGAGAUACAAUAGCAGCAGAAGUAUUACGAACGGUGAGAACAGAAGCAGGCAAGAUUACCAAGACAAGAAAGUUUGGACCGAAUGGAAAGUGGAAUUCGACCAAUUGUCCAACAAAAUACAUUUUAACCAAGCCAGCAACUUAUGCUACUUAUGGAGAAAUACGUGGUGCUGGAGAUGGUCUCAUACUGGGACUUCAAGUUAGAGAAUUGAGAAAAAAGAAUGCAAAAAUAAGUAUUAGUACUCUUCUUCGUAUGUACUAUUCAACAAGAGGAAUUCCUUUAAGUAAUACGUACAGUUACUGUAGACGUUGGGAUAAUUGGGGAAUAUAUAAUGAUAAAGCUUUCGAGCAAAUUCGUUUUUACUCGCGACUUAUGAAUAUCGCUAUAGGAGGUAGCAGCCUGAAAGAUGCAGAUUUACUUGAAGGUGCCAACGAUGCAUUUAGCGAAUUCACAAAUUCUAGAGAUGAUAUUGUCGAUUCUAUUAUAAGACAAGAAAAUUGUUUUAAUUAUGAUUUGGAUGUGGCAUCAUCAUGUGAAACGCCUUCUGAUGUGUUUGUCGUACUGGAUACCAGAGGAAAUGAAGAGGAUAUAUGGAAGAGACAAAAAGAUGUUGUUACUUCAUUGUCAACUGGUCUAGAUAUUCGCUAUUAUGGUGGUCGUUUCUAUAUCUUUACUAAUUCCCGUGGAUUUGGCGACCGAGUGUUAGAAACUAUUGCUUUUAAUGAAACUUCAAGUGGAUGCGUAGGAUGUAAACUGGAUUGGUAUUAUGCUGGUAAGAUCAAAUUCUUUAAUUAUAAUUACUCAAAUUGUAAACUGAACUAUUUACUGAAUUUUAUGUUGAUUUUAAAUAAGUUUCAUAUUAGUUUCAUAAAUGUAUUGAUGAAAUGAUAUCAACAAUUAGUC